UAAGAAAUACAAAGAACCAACAUGGAGUUCAAAGCUCGUCUCUGCCUUGUCUUCUUGCUCUCAUUCGCUCUUGUCAGCUCAGCUCGAAUCAUGUUUGAUUCAGUUCCAGGAAUACAAGGUAAUAGGAUUGUGAUAAACGACUAUCCUGAUGCCGGUCCUAAUCCUAGUCAUAGUCCAUUUGUGUUGUCGUCGCUGCUACCACCACCACAAUUUGAACCUGUUGAAGUUUCAGGAAUACAAGGUAAUAGGAUUGUGAUAAACGACUAUCCUGAUGCCGGUCCUAAUCCUAGUCAUAGUCCAAUAAUACCGUCGGCGCUGCUAUCACCACCACAAUUUGAAGCUUUUGACGCUUUAACGAAGCCCUAAACAAAUCUGUUUGUUGAAAUGGAACAUGUUGCUAGCAACAUCAGCAAGAAAGCUUAAAUAAAUAACUACU